AAACAAAGAUGUUGCUGCAAAGCGUCCAUCAUCAUUCACCUUGCCCAUCAGUAUCCUCCCUUUUCGCUAGAUAGUUGCACCACCAAAGUCUGAAAACCAUGACAGAAUCAGAAUAUUCAUCGUCGUUAUCGGCAGCGAAAAGAGAGAUGGUCGAGCGGGAAACCACAGCAAUUACCAAUCAAAGAGCACAUCAUGAUUGUCAAGGCGUUCCUCAACACUGUCAUACUCGUAGUCCAUCCCUUUUAUCCAAAUUGGUGACAUCUGACGACCCCAAUCACAUUCACAAAGUCCUUGGUGUGGCCUGUCUGAUGUCCUUUGUCUACCGAUUCCGACAUGCUGGUGGUGACACGGAUGGAAAUUUUGGUCCAUACCCUGGCACCUUGGCGUUCCUGGCGUUGCAUUUGAGCCUGAACUUGUCCAGUUUUAUCUUCGACAUACCUAAACGACGGAUAUCCACCGGAUAUCGCAUUUGGCCCAAGUACAGAAUCCAUUCCUUGAUCUUUUGCGGUCGAAGUUGUGCUUGCAUGUUGGUACAGUGGUGUGAAGAGUUUUGGGACAUCCAACAGCCGUGCCACGUUCUCGACGUUCUCAUUGUCCUAGGGACCUGCCUUUUGGCCGAUUGGGGAUCCAUGAUCCUAACUGACCAAAAGGAAACGCGUGUGUCGUCGUCGUCGUCGUCUUUGCCAGUCACCACCAUUCGAGGCAUUGAAUACUUUUCACCAGCAGCCAAACGGUUCUUCUCCGUCAUGCAAUUCCAAGCUACGGCUGGGUGUUUGGUGGGAUUACGACGCUACACGCCUCAUCUAGCCAUGAUUGCUGUGGUACAGCUGAAUGCAUUUCUCAUGACGCUUUCUAGGAAGAACUUGGGUGCUCAAGGACUCUUGGUCACAAUCUAUGGCCUUUUCUUGGCAUCAGGGCUGCUCUUGGGACUAUGGGAUGAUUACCAUCAACCAAACGUCAAUGUCAUUUGGGUUGUUUCAACCAUUGGAAAUGUAGCCGCGUGGUUACGAAUGGGGCCACUGCAGAUGAACAAGUACAUUCUUUGGGCGAGUCUUGGAUUGGCCAUCCAAUCAUGUCGACAAUACUCAUUGUGCCACUUUCAAAACUCUGCAGGUUGGGUCAUUGCCUGUGGAUGCAGCUCUCUUGGCAUUUUAGCAUUGCUUUUGGAAGACCCAAUAGCGAAAAAGCUUACAAAGAGGACUUCAGAAGACAAGAAAGCCUGAGAGAUUUGUAAUUCAACUUCAAUCUGCCAGGGCAAAAAACCUGAGUACCCCAAAAUGGCAUCCAUACUACAAUCCAUUCCUCCGUUCUAGGGCCAGCUACUGCCCGUGUGAUUUGGUUGAGGCAGCCA